UGCCGUUUUGCUUCCAUAGCGUAGUUAGUCGGAAAUAUUUGAGGGGUGCACUUGCUUUCGGAAGCUGAACACUGCAUCAACUGCAAUGAGUUUUGAGUGGCCCUGGCAGUAUAAUUUCCCACCGUUUUUUACGCUACAGCCCAAUGCUGACACGAGACAGAAACAGCUGGCGGCAUGGUGUUCCCUGGCCCUGUCCUACUGCCGGCAUCAAAAACUCUACACCCUGGAUGUCAUGGAAGCCCAGGAAAGCCCUGUGUUCAACAACAAGAAGAUAGAACGAAAACUGUCAAUGGAAACGAUUCAAGUUGUGUUUGAGGAACUGAGAAAAAAAGGCAACCUCGAAUGGCUGGACAAAAACAAGUCUCGGUGUUUAGUCAUGUGGAGACGACCAGAGGAAUGGGGCAAGUUAAUAUACCAGUGGGUUUCCAACAAUGGGAUGACCAACUCUGUGUUUACACUUUAUGAGUUGUCCAAUGGCGAUGACACAGAAGGUGAAGAGUUCCACUGUCUAGAGGAGUGGAUGCUCCUUCGCUCCUUGCAGGCUUUACAGACACAAGGCAAAGCAGAGAUCAUCACCAUAGAUGAUGGAAAAGGGGUCAAAUUCUUCUAAAACAGUGCUGGAAUCACACACUCUGACUAGGAGUCCUCAUACUGUACCUUACAAGGCGAUUUUUUAAGAUUUAGCCAUUUAAGGCUACACAAGGAGCACGUCAGUGCCCAGCCCAGGGGAUGCUGGUCCUGCAAUUGUUGAUGCCUUUUGGUUUGCCCCAAGUUCAAAGCCUUUUCUUAAUGAAAGAGAACCAAUAUCAUUUAAGUCUUGGUGGAGAAGAGCAUUUGAGUUGACACUGUGUUUAGUUGUCACAGGUAAUCUUUGUUGCCAUUUCAUAAUGCAAAGAGUCUGUCAGGGGACCUCAUACUAUCAAUACUUCAGGGGAAAUCCUUUCCCCGCCAGCUGCACCUUUACUCUGUCUUUACUGUAAAUAUGACUAGUUUUAUCCAGAUUGUCCCUGUUGAUAAAUUUCCUUAGCUCUUUGCUUAGCUGUGGUUAAUUUGUUCUGACCAGACAUCCCAAAAGAAAUCCCAGAAUCCACCACCAGAGGGAUUUGCUGUAUUUUUAUUUUGACAAUAAAUGUUUCCAGAAGAGGAACACCACAGAGACUGGGACUACCAAGGACCACCUUGUCUCAGCUGAGUGUAAUAAUACUGGACUUAAUGUACACAUUGCUGUUGUCCUAUUAUUGUGCAGUAGCUACUGUGACACUCCCUUUAUCCCUCCUUGCUCUGUCUAUAUUCAACCUUUUUUCAUAUCCUGUAGAAAAAUAAAUAGAAGUUUCCUA